CACCACCCCCCCGUCUCUGCCACCCAUGGAGGGCACAGACAUGGACGUGGACGCGGAGCUCAUGCAGAAGUUCAGCUGUAUGGGCACCACGGACAAGGACGUCCUCAUCUCGGAGUUUCAGAGGCUGCUGGGCUUCCAGCUCAACCCAGCCGGCUGCGCCUUCUUCCUGGACAUGACCAACUGGAACCUGCAGGCUGCUAUCGGUGCAUAUUAUGACUUUGAAAGUCCCAACGUCAACACGCCAUCCAUGUCCUUCGUUGAAGAUGUGACAAUUGGGGAAGGAGAGUCAGUUCCUCCAGAUACGCCGUUCACGAAGACCUGGAGAAUACAAAACACAGGUGCUGAGUCGUGGCCACCUGGGGUUUGUCUCAAGUACAUUGGGGGGGAUCAGUUUGGGCACGUAAACACGGUAGUGGUUAAAUCACUAGACCCCCAGGAGAUAUCAGAUGUGAGUGUGCAGAUGAGAAGUCCCACAAAUCCAGGCAUGUACCAGGGCCAGUGGAGGAUGUGUACAGCGACCGGAUUAUUCUACGGAGACGUAAUCUGGGUGAUUCUGAGUGUAGAAGUUGGAGGUCUCCUCGGCGUGACCCAGCAGCUGUCCUCUUUCGAGACGGAAUUCAACACCCAACCCCAGCGCAACGUGCAGGAAGACUUCAACCCGUUCGCCUCGCCGCAGAAAAACAAGCACGACGCCACUGACAACAGCUUCAGAGAUCCUGGCGGGGCGUGGGAGCGCACGCAGGAGCCAAUCCAGCAAGAUCAAAAUGGACUGUCUCAUAAUGCUGUAAAUAGAGCGUCGAAUGGUCUCCAAACCAAUCUUUCUGUGGUGACUUAUGGUCAGGGUAUUCACGGGCCCUAUCCAUUUGGACAGAGCUAGAACGACAAAGAUCCCCCCCUCCCACGGUGGAUGACGAGCUGAACACCCUGGGAGUCCUUAAAUACAGAGGAGUCGGAGGGGGGAGGAACUGUUGUUUUAUAUUGACUCAUGACAACCCUCUCCCUGACCUCAUGGCCCCUUUCCACAGAAACACAAACUACAGUGGGGCGAUGGAUUACAUCCGCUACAGUGAAACGCCCCACCUGACAUCAAAACACCCGGACUCGCAUGUGUGAACGCUUCAUUAAAGAGUUAAAAAUAGAUACACUCAACUAUUUUUUAUUUCCACUGUAAGACACGUCGUUCAUGGGAAUAUCCACUCUAAAGUAUCCGCACAUCAUUUCGUUCUCUUCAGGGUUCAAACACAAGACGCAAAAUGUUUCCAGAAUUGCAGAGAAUUUUUUAAAAAUUAUUUCUUCCCCCCCAGCCUUGUUAAAAAUAAAAACAUAAAAGAACAGGGUCUUCCACCUUUACAAGGAGAGAUAGUACCUCUUAUUCACCUGACUUUGUCUGGUGUGAAUCAUCUUUACUCGUUUAGUUCAACAUUUAGUUAUAAUAAAGCUGAGAAGGUUGUUUAGGUCUGUGGAAUUAAAACUUACAGGUUCACCAGAAAUAACUCCAGAUAAAGUUUGAAAUUUAGCUCUCAUAGGAUUUCUUAUAGACUCUGCCGUGCACAGAUCUGUUAUUAUUUUCUUUAUUAGACAGCCUUUGGUUGACAUUUCUUUAAAGGUUGUGUUCAACCUUAAAAUGUCAUUACAGAACUUAUGAUUGACUUUCACACAUUUAUUUCAAUGCAGAUUCUUCACAUUUAUAGCCGAGAUAACUAGAAGUCACAAAGUUUACAGUUUUUUUUUUUUUUUUUUACAUUUACACCUCAAAAGGUAGAAUAUGUGCUUCAAAUAAAACUAGAUUAUGAACUAGAUUAAAAAAACCUCACUACAGAAAUCCUGUGUUAACUGCAAUAAAACAUUAAACUUAACAUCACACUCAGAAGUCCACCAUCUGUGUGCUUGAAGAAAAAAAAAAGUAGACCUGUAUCAUGUUUGAUGAACGUACUGGUGCCAUUAACACAACAUACAGAACACAACAUGUUCUGAUGUAAAGAUUUUAAAAAGGAUUAGAGUAAAAAAAUCCCCUCUCCCUUUUUCAAAGAGAAUAUGGCCCUUGUCUCCCUGUGUAGGAUCCCUGUCACUCCUAAGAGAACAAAGAGACACUAAUCUGCUCUGUCAUCAGGCAUCGCUGUAUGAAAAUUACCCUCCCUGACAGCUGUGGAGAUUUCUUUUUUUAAACGUGUUUUAGGGUGGAUUUUCCCUUUAAACAGACGCUGAAGGGGAUGUGAGUGAAUGUGAGAGAGUGCGGCUGGAGGACGGGUUGAAAAAAAAAAAAGCCAUUCAAAUCUAUUUUUGCCUGAUGAGUGA